UAACAAGUUGUCAAAUGUUCUGAUAGUUUUGUUGUCAUAACACAACGAUCAUAGUAAGGUUAUUGUAGUUAUGUGUAGUUUUUGGUUAGAAUUAUGAAGCGACAAAAGCAUUGUUGUUUUAUCUGUGUUGUGUAGUAAAAUUAAAUACAGACAUAAAUAACUCUUUAUUAUUUAUUUGACUUUUAUCGCUUAUUUGAUGUGUACAGAGAAAAUACAAAAAUGAAUUGAACCGCGAUGUGAGACUCAAGAUCAUCUGAGUAGGUCAGUGAAUUUGAUGUUACUAAGUCUCAUAUUUCAGUUAUGUAAAACAGUAUGUUCAGUCCAUAAGUAAGUUGUGCCUGAAAAGUUUACUACAGAACUAUUGCAAUGAGUGGUAUUAAUUUAUUAGAAAUUAAAAAUGAAGUAGAAAAUGAAAUUACAGAGUGUAAUUAUGAGUACACACAUAAAGAAAUAACAGUUUUAGAACAUGAUCAUAAAUAUGAUUCUCCUCCCUCGUCAGCAGAUGUAGAGCUUAUUUCAGACACUCGUCCAAGAGCGAGUAAUUCAAUUUCGGAAAAUAAGUCAGAUACAAUGAAAAAGUGGAAUGAUGAGUACCUCUUUAGAUCCGAAACAGUCUUGAAAGUUGAAAACGAAAGUGAUUCUUCUUCCUUAGAAAGUGACGUUAUUUCAGAAAAAUCACGUAGUAUAGGAAAUUUGAUUUUAUUACCAGAAAACAAAUCAAAUAUAUGGAAGAAACGAAACUGGCAACAAAAAGCCUGUUUGAAAAAGAAAAAAAGAAAUCAAUGUCCUGUUUGCUCCAGAAUAGUUUUUAAUUUGAGAAUUCAUAUGUUAAUACAUACAGGUGAAAAACCUUAUGUUUGCAAAUUGUGCAGUGAAAGUUUUAUACAACCAAAUGCUUUAAAGAGGCACAUGUUUAAACAUUCUGGAGAAAACCCCCAUAAGUGUUGUGUUUGUGAUAAACAAUUCAUUAAACUUUACCGACUGGAAAAUCACCUGAAAACACAUUCAGCGAAAAGACCUUUUGAGUGCAAUACAUGUGGCAAGUUAUUUAAUAGAUUGGAUGAUUUAAAAAAACACACUCUCAUUCAAUUCAAACAGCGAAUUAAAUGUACAAAGUCUAGGAGAAGCUUCAAAAGUGAAUCCUCUCUGUCAGUACAUAGCAAAACUCAUAAUCUCAGUAGCAAAAGAUAUUUUGUGUGUGCAACAUGUAAUCAAUGCUACUUUUCGAAAAGUACUUUGGAAGUACAUAUCAGAUACAUGCACGCUGAGGGAAGUAAAGAUGGUAUUGCCACCUUUAACGCUACACUAAAACGCUGUCAACAGUAAAAAGGGAACCAAAGACAUUUGAAUAUACCAGCUGCAGUAAACGCUUUUCAUCAACACUAUAUUUGAAAUUCCACGCAAGUGAUGGAGAUUUGGAGAAGGAUCAAUUCAGAUGUCUCAUUUGUAGCAAAUAUUUUUCAACCAAAUAUUUAUUAUAGAAUUAUGUAACAUAUAUAAUAAAGUUUAUGAAUAUCAAAAAGUA